AAAAAGCAAAACUUAUCGCAUUAGGUACGAAGAUUGACGAAGUUUGGCGAACUGGAACGAUCUAUACAAUGGAUGUUAAACCUUAAGAUCGUUUCGUUAAUUUUCGUACUGAUCAGUUGCUAAUGAAGUUUCGCGGUUCCAGUGUGAGACAUCAACUUUCCUUCGUUGUUAUUCCUUUGUUUCUAUGGCAACUAUUAGCACCAAGUUGGUUGUUAAUUGUUUUCUUGUUUGAGACGUUUUUUUCUGGAUACUGACAAGUGUCUUAAGCACCAGUGAGUGAGGGUUAAACAGAAAGAAUUUGGUGAUAAGUCAAAUGAUGAACAUGGCAUUGGGGAAAUGUUUAUUUCAGAGCGCCAUCGUGUUGGCGUUCCUUGGCGGCCAUCUUGUUUUGGGCCGAUGCAGCACGGAAGAGAUUCAUCAGUCUACGAGCAUGUGCCUACGUGAAAGUUUGGUUCAGGAAGCCACCGAUCCGUUGGUCCCCGUCUUCAAUGACUCAGCGUCUGUUGUUAACUUUUGUUUACGACAUAUUUCGGACAUCAAAAGUUGCAUCACCAAUGUAAUUUCACCUUGUACAUCAGAUAAAAGGGUAAAGGUUAUAUUUGGUGCCACUGGUGCCGCGCUUCUUGCAGCUUACGACGGAUUAUGCCAGGAACCAAACAAAAAUAUAGACAUGACGUGUGCCUACGAACACGCCGAGAACAUCUCCGUUGCCGUAUAUGAUCUUAUACAUUCAGUGGACACCAUGGACCAACAUUCGGCGUCAUUUUCCGACCUCUGCGAACCAGUCCACGCCUUACUCCAUAGUAUAAUGGCAAUCUACGAAGCGUCUGUGGAGCAAGGUCAUUGUUCUGAGGAAAGUAAGAACGUUAUGCAUCAGUACCUAGCAACCAUAGUGUUCCCGUGCACUGACGUUGCCACGACAUAUUACCCGUGCACAUUGGCACAGAUUAACGUAGCCUCUAUCGAAUGUUACGCUAAAAAUGGCGUAAUUGUGAACAAUGCACUGGUACCCACGCCAAGCACACUGUCUAAUGCUGAUGAAAUGUGCGGCUCUAAAAGUACGAUUCAGUCCUGCAUAAAGAGCCACAUCACGAGAUGUCUUUACGAACCUCAAGUCACCACGUUGUACGGGUCAGCUGUAGAAGGAUUCGAGGCCGGCUAUAAUUGCAUGUGUUCUCCUGACAACUUUGACAUGAUUCUGAGUUGCGCUGCCACAGCGGAUGUGACGACAGCAAUGUCAAAAUUUACAUCCAGCGUUCACAAUCGUAGUAUCGCAGGGACACUGGAUAAACAGACUCAGUGCGCACUAGAAAACACCAUGGCGGCAGAGAUAAGCGCGUCAGUUGAGAUGAGCUGUGACGCCUCUGACAUGGUACGUCAUUGGAGAGCUUACAUAUCCACCGUGAUUUACCCGUGCACAGAGACCGCCACUGCAUGUUACCCAAAAAGAAUGUUCAACGGAGGCGAAACCCUAGAAUCAAUGAGGGCUCUACUCAUCAGUUUUGUCGGAUUUCUUUUCUGCUUACGUUAUUUAUAAUCUUUUUGAUUGAUUAUUGGAGCUGGUUUGUGCCAUAAUGGCUUUUUGACCCGACCCGGUAAAAGAAAGAUUGCACUAAUCAGCUUCCAUAAUAUAAAGACUCAAGUUCGCAUAUAUCGAUUUAUGUUCCAAUAUAUUGUAUGUUUUCAUGUCAGCAAAUGCUGGGAGCACGGACUUUUUUAAAUACUUCUUUCUGUUUCAACUUUUAAUGUUAUAAGAUUAAAAAGAUCACAUGUCGAUUUAAGCUUUUGUGAAAUCGUUAGAUUUAUUUUGAAAGGUACCAGUAUUUUCUUUUUCAGAUAACAGUUGUUUUUACAAAUUCCAAUUUUAAAAUGUAGAAGGAGUAUUGUUUAUUUUUAAUCAACACAGUGCUCAAUAUAUAUCAAAAUAAUCAUAUUUUAUUAAAUUGACCAUCGUUAAUAAGUUAAAAUAUUUGUUCACAUAUCAAUGUACCCGAUUUUUGCCUCAAAUCCACACCGACAUUGUCGUCGAAUCAUAGUUUUGAUCUUCUGAUGAAAGGAGAGGCUCCGCAGAUUAAAAUACCAGUCUCUUGGUCGAUAAGGCUGUAAAAUCUAAACAAUAGUGUACUGUAAAAGGCUACUGUGAUAUAUCCAAAAAAAAUAAAGUAUAGUUCUCUUAUUAUUGGAUAGUUGGGACUCAAUAAUUGUCACAAAAGCUAGGUAGCUGUGGUUUGCUCCACAAAUUGUCAAUAAUUUAGAAUAAAGACAAUGAUAUCAAACAAAACUUAUAAUAAAAAAUAUUUAUAUUUCUUUAUUUUACAUACUUUAAAGUUUCAAAACUGCAAUGACGUCAUAACCCCGUCCUGAAAUCAAAUUGUGACGUGUUUUUUUUUUCAAAAUUGUAUUCCUAAAUUUGAAAUUAUCUUAGAGGACGGAUAAAAUAUUAUGUUAAUUACAUCAAAACUGGAAUGGUGUUUUGAUAUCAAGUAUGGAUUUUUUGUGUUGUUUAGUGUUGUAUGUAUACAUGGAUGACGUGCUAGUAUUAAAUAAAAUUUGGCUUGUGUUUAAACACCCUUUUUUAAUAUUAGAGUUAAUAUAUACUAUUUAUGUUUCAUAAAAUAUAGUUUCAAGUUUUCAUUCAUUAUCAAGAUAAUGAAAUAAACAGUUCGUCUGCCAAGUAAUUACAACGUUUUUGUAAUAAAAUAUAAAAGCUAAUUCCCAGCUCCAUUUAAAAUUCAUUUUGAUAGAACAGAAAAGAACAGUGUCAAUGUGUAUAGAUGAUAAAUGCGUGGUUUAUGGCGGUUCAUUUGAAAGAAAAAAAAUGUUGUUGAUAUGAAAGUAAUUAGAAUGAAAAAAAUGUUAUAAAAUCAAUUUUGUUUGGUACUUUGUAAGCUGUUAUUUUGGGAUCUAAAAAUAAAGAGAUUUUUGUAUGACGUGUUGUGAGUUUUAUCACUACCAUCAGCAUGUAUUGUGCUACAGUGAC